GGAUGUUUCAGCUUAUUUGUAUCUUUUAAUCAUCAUUUACACCUCAAAACUCUCUCAUGGAAGAUGGCCUGCUCGCCCACCGAGAGGAACAACAAUAAACAUAUUAAACAGAGGAAGCUUAUGCUUAUACUUCCAAGUACCAAUACAGAUUGCUGCACAUCGAAGGCUGCUGGCUACUAAAGUGGGAGGGAAGUUUACUCAUCUGGGACAUGCUUGUCCUGCGCCACCAGUGCCGCCUCCUCUCCGCCGCCUUCGCCCUCCUCUUGUUCGCCGCCGCAGCUCUUGAUUCGUACUCAAAACCUUGUCUUGGUGAUAUCCUACUUAACCCGUUUUGCUUGAUUAAGCUACCACUUGGCGACAAUUUCACGUUGUUCGCUUUGCUGAGGCGACACACGCCAUUUUUAUGCUCAAAAGCCGAUGGGUUGUAUUCGUGGGAAUCGAUCAGGAAGUGGAAGAAAGGCGGCUGGGAUCACCGGAACAAGAGCACUGGGAGCGACUCGUCGGCCCUGGCUCGUCCCCUCCAUCGUGCCGCGCCCGGUGCGGCCGGUGCUUCCCCUGCCAGCCCGUGCGCGUCGUGAUCCAGCCGGGCCAGAGCGUGCCGCAAGACUACUACCCCGAGGCCUGGCGAUGCAGGUGCGGCAACAAGCUCUUCGUGCCCUGAGACCAGACAUAAAGAAGCCGUUCUCACAGAAAGAGAGAGAGAAAGAGACUCCGAUCGAAGUUUUGGUUUCUGACAAGUCCUGCUGCAAGAUUUGUUAUGCAUCCAUUAAGAGUUCAUGAAUCGGUCUUUGUCGUGUGGGCACAGACAUACAUGUAACUGUUGUUGUUUUUCCUAUAUUUUCAGUCAAGAUGCCAGCUCUUUUGGGGCUUGAUUGUUGA